AUGGAGUUGCAGAGACUAUCGCUCCGCGACACCGUCGGAUGGCCAUACGAAGAAGCCUACAACAAGCUGAUCAAGGCGUUUGGUCUAGAAGGGAGAAUCAAGGACGAAAAGGACGCUAGCAAGACGAGAUAUUCAGUCAUCGAAGAAGCUGCAAAAUCUUCCGUCAGAACCGCAGCAGGUGGUGACAUCGUAGAACCCCUCCCAUGGUACCGGUUCGAUGUUGCGUUACGAGAUUUUGUGUUCAAGCAAGCUGUCCCUGGUCUCAUCUCGGAUCAAACCCUUGCCCGUGUACUGCUGAGUUUCUAUCUGGAGCUGACAGGCGUCGACGCGAGCAAGUUCGCAGACACACUACCCGAGACGGCCGGUGCAACGAAGUACUUGAGAAAUCUACUGAGACGAAAGCUGAUCACCCGGAACGUCUCCCAACGCGUGUUGUUCUUCUUCAUUACGGAAUGCUGCAACAAGUGGUUCGAUGACCUCGUAUUUCAAAACAAUUUCGAUGUAGAGGAGGCGCUUCGAGACGGUCUGCGGGUAUUUGCGAUUUCCCGGUCUAAGGGCAAAAUUGCCAAAUUCUGUCUCCUGACUGGACUGAACCCUUCUGAUGCCAGGCGCCACAAAGCUGGUACAGAUCUUGUUGGCGCCAUGGAAAGUGUCCUUGGAGAAAUGGCUGAUGACUUUGACGAGCUGGAGUGUGUAACCAAGUGUAUCCAAGCAAAGUUGUUCCCUCUCGCAGACGACCAUAUCGACAUUCGCAGAUUCCUCGAACAGAAAUCCAAUGAUGACGAUGAUUAUCAUUUGCUCGACUCGGACGAGGCCACAAAGGAAUAUCUGGUGGGGUAUUUCCGCAAAGAAACGCUGUGCAGGAGCGAUGAGCAGGCGACCACGUACCUCGACACGAAUUUCUGGUUGAUGGAAAAGGCUACGCAGGCUUACAGGAAGUGGGCUCUCGCGCCAGGUGCAUUUGACGAUGUUGAUCUUGUGGACACCGCGAGCCCACCAUACGUUGAACCCAAUAGUUUGAUCCUUGCUCCACUUGGCGCUCCGAUUAACGAUCAGACUGCCAAUCCUCUGGAGGCCGCCACCCAUUCACUCGUGCGCCGAUACCAGAGAAGCUUGCCACUCGAAUCUGACAAGGACAACACGCUGUAUGACAUGAUUCGUCGCUUUGAGGCCGGAAACUUCAACAACCCAGACCAGCUUGCGAGAAUUCACGCUCAGCUGACUUAUCGUCUCGAAGUAUGCGAACUUGCCAUGCAAAUUGUCAACAGAUUGGAGCUGUGGAAAGGCGCAGCAGUGCCCAUUUCUGCAUGGGAUCCUCGCACGCGGGAAGGUGCCGAUAUGAGGGUGCGAAAAAUCAUGGUUGGUCAACUUCAGCAAAACACCAGCUGGUUCAAGCCUAAGAAGGCUGGCGAUGGAUCUUACUACAGAAAGCCACUUUUCUAUGUUGCACGCGCGAUGGACAUGCAUGGGUAUCAUGGUGAGCAGGUCUUGGAGCAGAUUGAGAAGGCGAAGAAACUGCUUCAAGAGACCACCGAAAUCGGACUCCGGUAG